AUGUCCCAAGUGUGGAGCAUUUCUGACUUUUUGUCUGAACUUCGCCAUCUGGGCCAGCUCACUAAGAUGCGGCCAGGGAGCCUGGUCGUCACUACCAUGGCGACCACAUUCGUGGAAAGGAUCCGUGCGGCCAAGAAUUGGACAUCGGCAGGCAUCAUCCAAUUGAUCGGUGAAGUCCAAAGCAUGGAGCUGCCAGAUGCCAUAAAGGAGAGCAUCCAGGAGGCCGUUGAGACAUGCCAGACCAACGAAGCCUCCCACAUCAAGCUCUCCACUUGCGGCCAGAAGAUAGUCCAUGUGCCAGCAUACUUGACCACGGCGGAUUGGCAGGCUCUCGAAUCUGCCGUAUCCAAGGAUGACCAGAUGUCUGUCAUGGCCAAAAGGCUCCGAGCAAUGGGCCUUACCUCCCUGAAGGAGAACACGGUGCACCAGGUGCUCGCCACCCUGCUCUACGUCAACCACAGCCGAGGCCAACCACAGAUGCAGCCGAGGGCCAUACAUUCCAUGGUAGACGACUUCCAGGCCAUCUUCCACGGCACGGCCAAGAUUGACUGUGCCCAAACUGGCCACUUACUCGGAGGAUCCUCUCCAGAAUGGCGAGGCCUGGCUGAGCCAAGCAUACACGAAUGGCUGCAGUCCAGCCAAUAA